AUGGGAUCAGCGUUAUAAGACCUCUCCCGUCCCUCUCGUUUUCUCAUCGUUCUCACUUUCUCCAUAUACCAAUCAACCAUCCACCAAACAACACACAUUCGUUCUUCCCCUCCCAAGAAACAACUGUCACAAUGGCCACUUACGAGAACACCCAGCAACAGCAAGUUGCCCAGCCUCAAUACGCACCUGCCCCGCAACAGCAGGUUGUGCAGCAGCCAUAUGCAUCCCAGCCUGCCCCCGUUGCCGGUCCCCCAGCUGGAAACGACGAUGUCGCGCACUGGACUAACCGCAUCACCGCCGCACUGAACAAGCCCGAGACCAUCACCGGCCCCGUCCCUGCGUCGCAUCAGCCAUGGCACAACCGCUUCCUCGAGUUCUUCCAGCCUAUUGAUCUCUGCCUGAUCACCUGCUGCUGCCCCUGCGUCACCUUCGGCAAGACCCACCAUCGCCUCCACCACGAUGCAAACCUCAAGGACUACAGCCCCGUCAACGCCUCCUGCCUCGGGUGGUGGGCGAGCGGAUGCUGCGCCGCUACCGCGGUGGGUAUCGUGCUCCAGCGCCGCACGAUCAUGGAUCGCUUCGGUCUUACUGGUGAUUUCCCCGUUAACUGCCUGAGGGGUUGCUUCUGCGGAUGCUGCGAUCUUAUCCAGCAGGAGAAGGAAGUCGAGUACCGCCUCCUCCAACAGGGUGGCGUUACGGAGCAGCCGACUGCCAACCACGAGAUGAAGGUUCCGGGUGGGCAACAGUACUAG